AUGGCUGAUUUGUGGGUUUACGAUAACACUGGAGAUGUCGACGACGACGACGUGUACCGGGACUCAUGCCCAAAUUUGAAUCUUUUACCGGCUUCAGCUCCAGUGAUCGACACCGAUCUGUACAUCAACCAGAAUGCCCCGGCAACUCAGGCACAGGGAAGCACAAAGUCUCAUCAGACCCCUGUCCCGGGCGGCAUUACGCUCCUUGAUUCGGGAGAUAGGUCGGACUACCACUUCUCUGUUGAAAGGUUGGCGUGGGUCGAUGGAUGGCAGGAGACCGCGGAGGUCAUGGGAAAGCUGGUGCACAAGCAGCCCAUGACACUCGUCGUGCUCAAGUUCGUUCUGCAACCUUUCCAUCCAGAUGUCAGGGUAGAGACUGUUAAGGCAACGCUGCAGUUCAAAGACACGGAUCAGCAGCGCGGAGACGACCCAGAGGUUCAAGCCUGGGCUCCCUUCCACGAAUGGGAAGACUGGAAUGCAACAAAUGUGCAGGAAAAGGCCACGACCAGCGUGAAUGCAACGGCAAGCGGCGGCUAUGCUGGCGCUUCUCUUUCACUCGGUUGGGGCAAAGGCCGAGACAUCUCCUGGGAUAGGACAGCUUUCGACGAGGGCCGAUCGAUCCUGGUGAAGAGCAGGCGCAGACAGCGGCCGAUCGGCGUGACAUGGUUUUUGCAGCAGAACAAAUCGCAAAACCUAGGAGUUCCGCCACAGUUCUGGGUGGCAGUCCUUAUCAAGAGGUCAACCAACUUGCAGCCGUAUCUUGCCAAGUUUCGGUUGGAUGUGCGGACUGGCACACUCCGUGACCGGAAGCGAAUAGGCCUUGAGUUUUUGCGAAUCAAGCCGGGCGAUACUAGCGCAUUCACGGCGACCCCAAACCCUGGCGUGUGGGAUGAGAUGAAUUGUCAUGGAGAAGGUGAAGACAUCAGGGACAGCGGCAGAGUCGAUCUCAACAACCUGGGGCAGUUGCUAGCGAAAGACCGGACGGCGCUGGCGGGGACAUGGGGCCCUCAGUAUCGACGGUCGGCUCCCGGUGGAAAAGAGGCGAAUGGACAUGAGGUUGCUGCCACCGCUGGCCUACCGCCUGAUGCAACCCUUGCGGCUGCUCCAAGCACUAGGGCGACUGAAAAUCCAGUUCCUCCAGAAGCUGAAGCAGAGGCUGCGGCUCAGAGGGAGGAAGCCCGAGAUGCUGAUAAGCCAUCAGUGCCUGAGGCAAGACAGCCGGCCCCUCUUAUCAUCGCCCCGGGACAACAGCCGCCGCGGGCCGGGCCGGUGUGUGACUUGCUUAUGCCCCCACAAACAGCGGUUGGCGCAGGUACUCUGCCCAGCCCAGACCUCGAGGCGGACGUUACGGGGAGCGCAGGUACCGGUACUUGGAGGAGGUUGGUGGCCCUGGAGGCCAGAGCGGCGCAGGCGGAGGCGCGACUGGCUGCUCAGGACCAGCUGAUCCUGCGACUUCAACAGGCUGUGGAUGUGAGGGAUGCCCAGCUGGCCAGGAUGGAGCAGGCCAUGCGCGUGGCUGCGGCGGCGCUUUCGCUUGGGUACCUAUGA